AUGUGGGCGUCAGCAACGUUUGGAAGUGAACUUUGCGAUACUGAGGGUAGGGAUGAGGCAAGAAUGAGGAGAUACGACUAUAACAAAACGAACGCCGAGAUCAAACCAUUCGAAAGGUUGACCGGGAAAAAAAUUCUAGAACGUUCUGGCAAGUGCCACUGUUGCCCAAACGACAGAAGUGAACGCGCGUCAGAUUUCAUAGCUCGGAGGCCAAGUAACAACCUGAUGGCUUCACCACUCUUCCAACCGGAUGCCUCAAUGUUAUCAGGAGGAAGUUGGGGAAAUGGGAGACUUCGGAGUUUUUUGGGGAAGACUUCCGAUAUGUCGACUGAACGGGGAAAUCAAUUCGAGGUGAAAUUGGACGUAUCCAGUUUCCAUUCUAAUGAUUUACAAGUGAAUGUUCAUGGUCGAGAGUUGGUCGUUUCCGGACAUCACAAUGAACGUGAGGAAGGAGGUGGCACAAUUGAACGUCAUUUUGUUCGAACCUAUAUGUUGCCGAAAAGUGCCAAGGAAAAGCAGUUAGCAUCAGAGUUAAGCGCUGAUGGCAUCUUAAAAAUUACAGUUCCUGCCGAUGAAACUACCGAAUAUCGUAAAAUCCCCAUUAAAGUGGAUCCGAACUGGAAAAUGCAGUCGAAUCCCUGCCAAGAGUUAAUCCUUCGUGAACCAAUACCGCUUUGGUGGUGGUGA